AUGUCUUCCCUCCUCUCACUCUUUCUCCUCUCCUUCCUUCUCUCCUCCGUCUUCGGUCAGCCACCAUCCCCAACCUUCAAACCUUCUGAUAACUUCCUCCUUGACUGUGGCGCUACAACUCCUACUCCCAGCCUUGACGGUCGCCAAUUCCUCACCGACUCUCAGUCCACCUCCUACCUCUCCGCCAAAGACAAGGUCACUGCCUCCACCCCCUCCACCACCGACGUCCCUUCUCCUCUCUACCUCACCGCCCGCAUCUUCACCGAGGAUGCCACCUACACCUUCCCCCUCACCUCCCCUGGCUGGCACUGGAUUCGUCUCCACUUCUUCCCCGUCAAUGACUCCUCCCACGACCUAACUCAAGCUGUCUUCUCCGUCAAAACCGAUGACUACGUCCUCCUCCACAGCUUCAACUUUGACGACUCCUCCCAAUGGCUUCUCAAAGAAUACCUCAUCAAUGCCACCUCUGACCGUCUCUCUAUCCACUUCGAUCCUCUCCGCAACUCUAUUGCAUUCAUCAACGCCAUUGAGGUUAUCUCGGCCCCUGACAUUCUCAUCUCCGACUACGCAUCCUCUUUAUCUCCGGUUGGUCCUACCUCAGGUCUAUCCAACUACGCUUACCAAACAUCUUACCGUCUUAAUGUUGGAGGCCCUUUGAUCACUUCUGCAAAUGACACUCUCUCCCGGACAUGGAGUUCUGACCAUGGCUACCUCCAGUCAAGAUCCACCGGGCAGAAAGUGUCUGUGUCUUCCGGCAUCAUUAACUUCCCUGAUGGUACUUCACCUUUCAUUGCCCCGAACUUUGUCUACUCCACGGCGGUGCACAUGGCCGACGCUCGCAUUGGUAGUCCAAACUUCAACGUUUCGUGGGUUCUCAACGUCGAUCCUUCCUUUGGUUACCUUGUUCGGCUACAUUUUGCUGACAUUAUCAGCAAGAAUCUUGACAAUCUUUACUUCAAUGUAUACAUAAAUCAUAAGAUGGCAAUAUCUGGGCUGGACCUCUCGACCUUAACUUCCAAGCUUGCCUCUGCUUACUAUAAGGACUUUGUACUGAACUCCACAGUGGCAAUGGACAGGUUAUUGAUACAGAUUGGCCCGUUGAAUGAUGGUGCUGGGACAAACGAUGCGUUGUUGAAUGGUGUGGAGGUUCUGAAGAUGAGCAACUCGGUUGGGAGUUUAGAUGGUGAGUUUGGUGUUGAUGGAUCAAAAGCUAGUGAGGAUGGUGGGAACACGAAAAGCCACGCAGUGGCCGCUGUUGGGUUCGUGAUGAUGUUUGGCGCAUUCGCUGGGUUAGGUGCCAUGGUGGUGAAGUGGCACAAGAGGCCACAGGACUGGCAGAGAAGGAACAGCUUCUCUUCAUGGCUCCUCCCAAUCCAUGCAGGUCAUUCAACCUUCAUGACCAGCAAAGGUGGCUCAACAUUUGGCUCACACAAGAGUGGUUACACCUUCUCUUCAUCGCUAGGCCUUGGCCGAUACUUCUCUCUCGCUGAGCUCCAAGACGCGACAAACAACUUCGACGAGAAGGCAGUGGUUGGGGUCGGAGGUUUUGGUAAUGUGUACGUGGGUGAGCUGGACGAUGGCACAAAGGUUGCUGUAAAGCGUGGCAACCCACAGUCAGAGCAAGGGAUAAAUGAAUUCCAAACAGAGAUACAGAUGUUGUCUAAGCUCCGGCACAGGCACUUGGUGUCACUGAUUGGGUACUGUGAUGAGAACUCUGAGAUGAUACUAGUGUAUGAGUACAUGGCCAACGGACCAUUUAGGGAUCAUCUUUAUGGGAAGGAUGACUUAAUGCCACUCACAUGGAAACAGAGGCUGGAGAUAUGCAUAGGUGCAGCUCGUGGACUUCACUAUCUCCAUACAGGCACAGCACAGGGGAUCAUCCAUCGUGACGUUAAAACCACAAACAUUCUCUUGGACGAUGACUUCAUAGCCAAAGUAUCUGACUUUGGUCUCUCUAAAGAUGCUCCAGGGAUGAACCAAACCCAUGUAAGCACUGCAGUGAAAGGCAGCUUCGGGUAUUUAGACCCGGAGUACUUCCGUUGCCAGCGUUUGACUGAUAAGUCUGAUGUGUACUCAUUUGGAGUCGUGCUGCUUGAGACGCUAUGCGCUCGGCCAGCGCUGAACCCAGCACUGACACGGGAGCAGGUGAACUUGGCCGAGUGGGCGAUGAAGAACAAGAGACAAAAUACAUUGGAGCAAAUAGUGGACCCGUUACUUGAAGGGACUAUCAACUCUGACUCGAUGAGCAAGUUUGUGGAAGCAGCCGAGAAAUGUUUGGCCGAGUUCGGUGUUGAUAGGCCGUCCAUGGGCGACGUGCUAUGGAAUCUCGAGUACGCGUUGCAAUUGCAAGAGGCUAACCCGCCCACACCUCCACUAUCGCAUGCGCUGAAACCCAACACUAAUAAGAGUGAUGCUGGUGUAGUUGCAGGCGAGAUCAAGCAAGAGAAUGGUGCUGCUGCUCCUUCCGAGGACCAGCACUCUAAUGCGGCCAUGGCCAAUGACGUGUUCCCUCAUUUGGGCGAGAUGAAGGGGAGGUGA